AUGUCCAUAUCCAAAGGCUUGGCGGAGUCUGUGGUGGUGGCCAAGGUCAUCUACAAGGAAGCCGUAGAAUCCUUGAAACAGUGCGUAGUGGCAGACGUUGAGGACGAGGUUGAGGAGCAAGAUCCUGAGCAAAGCGUCCUCUGGGAUCUCACAAGGCCUUUAGAGGGCAGCUGUCGCAUGGAGCUGUUAAAGUUUGAUGACCCAAAGGGUCAGGACGUCUUCUGGCACUCGAGCGCGCACAUCUUGGGUCAAGCCCUUGAGCGAGAGUUCGGCUGUCAUCUGACCAUCGGCCCCGCCUUGGAGUCCGGCUUUUACUACGAUGGCUACUAUGGAGAGAAGAAGCUGAACGAUGCUGACUUCUCAGCCAUCGAGAAGCAUGCGGCGCAGAUCUGCAAGGAGUCACAGCUCUUUGAACGUUGUGUCUUAUCCAAAGAGGACGCGCUCGAGCUCUUCAAAGAGAACCCCUUCAAGGUUCAGCUGAUCACGAACAAGGUGCCAAAUGGUGCCACGACCAGCUGCUACCGUUGUGGUGAUCUGGUGGACCUUUGCCGUGGGCCCCACCUGCCCAACACCAACCGUGCCAAGGCUUUCAUGGUGACGAAGAACUCGUCGGCCUACUGGUUAGGAGAUCAAAAUCUGGAUUCCCUCCAGCGCCUCUACGGAAUCGCUUUUCCCAAUGACAAGCUGCUGAAAGAGUACAAGAGACUCCUGGAAGAGGCUGCCAAAAGAGAUCACAGGAACAUCGCGAAGCAGCAAGAGCUUCUAAUGUUCCAUCCCGUGAUGUCUCCUGGUUGCUGCUUCUGGUUCCCGAUGGGCACAAGGAUCUACAACAAGCUCAUCGAUUUCAUGCGCAGUGAAUACCGUCUUCGUGGCUUUCAGGAAGUGGUGACGCCUAACAUGUAUGAUUCGCGGCUCUUUAAGUGUUCUGGCCAUUACCAGAACUACCGGUCAGACAUGUACAGCCUGGAUGUGGAGACGCAAGAGUGGAUGCUUAAGCCAAUGAAUUGCCCAGGCCACUUCGUCAUGUUUGAUGCCCGCGUGCGGAGCUACAAAGAGCUGCCCCUCCGCUAUGCGGACUUCGGUGUGUUGCACCGGAACGAGGCCUCGGGUGCCCUGACGGGCCUUACCAGGGUGCGGCGCUUCCAGCAGGACGACGGGCACAUCUUCUGUCGCCCAGACCAAAUCAAGUCGGAGGUAGCCAGCGCCCUGGACUUCUUGGACUUCGUGUAUAGGAUCUUCGGCUUCGAGGCCAGCUAUGCCUUGUCCACGCGCCCAGUGAAGGCACUGGGGUCCAAGGAAAUCUGGGAGAACGCCGAGGUGCAGCUGAAGGCAGCCCUGGAGCAGUCCGGAAGGGAGUGGACCUUGAAUCCGGGAGAUGGGGCAUUCUAUGGACCCAAGAUUGACAUCCGGUUGCAGGAUGCUAUGAAGCGGAAGCACCAGUGCGGCACCAUUCAGCUGGACUUCAACGGGCCCAUACGGUUCAACUUGCAAUACCGCACAGAGGCUGUGGAUGAGAACGCAGAAGAAGAGGGCAAUGGGGAAUUCAAGGGCACUGAGGAGAAGAAUGAUGAGGGCGAGGUGAUGUGGCGCGAAGGUCGCCUGAAGAACGGUUUCGAGCGGCCGGUGAUCAUCCACCGUGCAAUCCUGGGUUCCAUCGAGCGCAUGUCAGCAAUCUUGAUGGAGCAUUACGCGGGGAAGUGGCCCUUCUGGUUAUCACCACGGCAGGUGCAAGUGGUGCCCGUGGGAACGCAGUUCAGUGAGUAUGCGCUGUGGGUGGUGCGUCAGCUGCAAAUCCACGGCUUCCAUGCAGAGGCAGAGACAAGUGGCAAGACGUUGAAUAAGAAGGUGCGCGAAGCGCAGCUGGCACAGUGGAACUACAUUGCUGUCGUGGGGGCUGAGGAACAGAACUCGUUGUCAGUGAACUUGAGAUCCCGAGAAUCCGCGCAGGCCCUGGGCUCCUUCUCCAUGAUGGACUUCAUUGCAAAGCUGGAUUCUGAGGCCAUGCCAAGCUCGCAGCCCCUGCGACAGUUCGAGCCCUUUCAAGGCCGGCUGCCCCAAGCCACAAAGGCUGAGCCCGAGACCAAGACGAAGGCCGAGCCAGAAGUUUCCAAGGUCAAAGAGUCGAAAGGUUCCUUGCAGCUUCGGAAAGCCAACAGCGACAGGUUUGCGUCGCUGUCCGUGGAGGAGGACGUGGAGGGUUUCCUGGAGAGCCACCCCUAUGUGAAAGGCUUCAAUCCUACCAAGGCGGACCUCGAGCUUUUCGAUCAACUCUGUGAGUCUGGAGUGCCGGAGACCCCGAACUUGAAGCGAUGGUUCGAUCACAUUGAGUCCUUCCCCAGCACGCAACGGGCGCAAUGGGUGACAGCGUAG